AUGGCGUCAAGAUUGGAUCGUCUCGUAACGAUCCUCGAGACGGGAAGCACAAAGCUGAUCAAAGAUACUGCCGUGAAUCAGCUAGCCGACUGGCAGAAACAGCAUCCGGAAGAGCUUUUCAACCUCCUCUCCAGGGUGGUACCGUAUCUGCGGCACAAAGACUGGGACACGAGGGCAACUUCUGCCAAGGCGAUAGGCAAGAUCAUCGAGAAUGCACCUCACUAUGAUCCCAAUGAGGAUGAAGACUCCUCCGUAGAAAAGAAGGAGGAGCCUGCAGGCGAAAAUGGCCACGUCAAAAAAGAGGAAGAAUUGGAGGUGUCACUCGAGGCUGAUGAGUCUUUCAGCCUAGACACCUUGGACAUGUCGAGGAUUCUGACUUAUGGACGAGACUUGCUCAGAACAGGCAAUGUGGACCUUGCCCUGGUGAGCCUGGAUCCCCAAGCGCGGCUCGCUCACCAAAAAAAGACACUCAUUGGGCGUCUCGGCCUGCUUGGCCGUAAUUUCGAAGAUGAUGAAAUACCCAUCUCCGUCGAGAAAUCCGCUAGCCCAAUGACCCCUGCAGAUGUGCCGGCCAGCAACGGUCUUGCGCGACAGGACAGUUUAGCGAGCUCGGGGCCAAGUCAGCCGGCAGAGGAAUCAGGACUGAGCGCCCGGCAGCUUAACGUUCUCAAGCGGAAACGGAAGCGAGACGCACAGAAAGCGGCCCAAGGCAAAGGCGGUUUCGGCGAUCUUUCAAUACGCCGCUCGUUUACUGACAAGUCCGACUUCGAUGAUACGCCGAUGCCGGAUGCAGAAACCAAGAAGAACGGCAAAACAGACUACUUCUCACUCGACCGACCCGAGAACAUUGAUGAGGACUCCAAGGUCGUUUCCGAGUUCAAGGGUCCUGUCAUCCCCAUCAAGUCCGAAAUAGAGACUGAGGAUGAGCUUCAAGGAGCUGAGUGGCCAUAUGAGCGAUUAUGUGAGUUCCUCAAGAUCGACAUUUUUGAUCCACAAUGGGAAACACGGCACGGUGCUGCGCUUGGACUGCGCGAGAUCUUGAGAGUCCACGGUGCUGGUGCUGGCCGAUUAAGGGGGAAAUCAAGGGCCGAGAACAACAAGCUCAAUAAGAAAUGGCUUGACGACAUGGCUUGUCGCCUCUGCUGUGUUCUCAUGCUUGACAGAUUUACGGACUAUGCCUCGGAUACAUCUGUUGCGCCAAUCCGAGAGACCGUCGGCCAAACCUUGGGCUCGUUCUUGAAGCACGUCCCGCCCGAGUCUGUUUACAGUGUCUAUCGACUGCUCUACAGAAUGGUCAUGCAAGAGGAUCUCGGUUUGGAGAGGCAGGUAUGGUCUGUCUGUCACGGAGGAAUGGUGGGCCUGCGUUAUGUUGUUGCUGUGCGGAAAGACCUUCUGCUGCAGCAUAACGACAUGAUUGACGGCAUCGUACGCGCUGUUAUGAAAGGCUUGGGCGAUCUCGACGACGAUGUACGGUCGGUCAGUGCAGCUACAAUCAUCCCCAUGGCAGAGGAAUUUGUCACUCUGCGCCCUGCUGCGUUAGACGAGCUCAUCAACAUAGUAUGGGAGAGCUUGUCCAGCCUUGGCGAUGACCUUAGCGCCAGCACGGGUAAGAUCAUGGAUCUCCUGGCUACUCUAUGUGGCUUCCCUCAAGUCCUCGAAGCCAUGAAAGCCUCGGCCGAACAAGACGAGGAACGAUCCUUCAAGCUCCUGGUGCCCCGCCUAUAUCCAUUCUUGCGCCACACCAUUACAUCUGUUCGCCUGGCAGUUCUGAAAGCUCUUACCACAUUUGUUAACCUAGGCGAGGAAUCCCUUGGCUGGUUAGAUGGCAGAACUUUACGUCUCAUCUUCCAGAACCUGCUUGUUGAGCGGGAUAGCACCACCUUGAACACAUCUAUGGAACUUUGGACGGCUCUGGUCAAAUGCUUGGCGAAGAAACCGGAUCACCUCGCGCAAGAGUUCCUGCCCCACGUUGAUGCUCUGAUGCAACUGACACUGCAUCCUGUCGGCGUGUCGCGCAACCCAAUUCCAAUGAACGCGUCUUUAUUCCAGAAGCCAUCUGGUGGCACCUAUACCAUUCCAGGCUUCAUGUCCCAGGCUACGCGGAAGGGAUCCGAACCGGAAGGCGAGCGGUCAGCAAAGAGAAGACGCAAGUCGGGCAAGGCUGAUGACGUUCCGACAACGACGCACUCCCACGACCUCGAUGGACAUAUGAUGCAAGGAGACGUAGACCUCGUUGGCAUGGAAACACUCGUCCGGUCCCGUGCCUAUGCUUCUAGAGCAAUGGGUUUAAUCAUGUCUCGAAUUCCGGCGUCUGGGUUAGAAGCAUACGAUGCGACAUUGCUACCCGGUUUUACCUCAUCAUACUCGUCAACUCAACUGACGUCUUGCAUUAUCAUUGAUGAGUUCGCAAAGAACAGCCCCAACGGCAGCGCCGAGACGAGAUAUGUCGACGAACUACAGAAGAUCAUCGAGUCCGGAAGACCUUCCCAUUACCGCGACCUGGUUAGUUACGUGCAGCGGGUGCGUUCGCAGUGUUCGCAACUCAUGAACUUGUUCCGAGAUCAUGGCAAAGUCUCUCAGAGCAAGUUGCCAACUCUGCCCGUGGUUGUCCAAGGUGAGGCAGAGGCUGGGCCCAAUGCUUUCUCUGUUUCAUUAGCCGAGAAAUAUGUUGGUGACGACUACGAGCGCCUUCGGAAAGCCAUGGCACCCGCCCAACGUUUGAUAGUUACCAAUGAUCUGGCCGAGGCCAGGAAAUCAACGGUCACAGCAAUCGACGAGGCCAAAGCCGUCAAGGAAAGCCGUGAUGUGCGCAUCAAGGCCGCCGCAGCUUGUGCGCUGAUUGCCAUGAAGGUCUUGCCAAAGAAACCGAGUCCUCUCAUUAAAGGCAUCAUGGACAGCAUUAAGCUGGAGGAGAGCCACCUACUGCAGUGUCGUUCCUCGGAAACUAUCUCACGCCUUGUGCAACUCUUUACUGAGAAAGGUCGCCGUGGACCAGCAGACAAAGUUGUUGCUAACCUCGUCAAGUUUUCUUGUGUGGAGGUUGCCGAAACGCCUGAGUUCCCUGUACACGCCGCAAAGACAGACUGCAUCUUGUCAAUGCAGAAGGAAGAGGAUCGCGUGGAUCAUGAAGAUCCUGAGAAGUUCGCACGCGAAGCCAAGGCAGCUCGUAUCACGCGACGCGGAGCCAAGGAGGCCUUGGAGAUCCUGGCGAAGACGUUUGGCGCCGAAAUCUUCAACGCGGUCCCAAGUCUGAAGAAGUACAUGGAGGAGCCCUUGAUAACAGCCUUCUCAGGCGAUCUGCCCGCCGAGGCGCGAAACCCAGAGCUCACACUAGGCCAAGAAAUCGUUGACGCCAUGUCAGUGAUUAGAACCAUGGCGCCUACCCUCAAUCCGGCUCUGCACCCCUUUAUCAUCGAGCAACUACCGCUUAUCAUCAAGGCUCUGCAUUCCGAACUUUCUGUCUACCGUUAUAUGGCUGCUAAGUGCAUGGCAACGAUUUGCAGCGUCUUACCAGUCCAGGGUAUGACGUCGCUCGUCGAGAAAGUGUUGCCAUCUAUCAGCAACCCGUUAGAUCUCCAGUUCCGUCAAGGUGCUACCGAGGCAAUAUAUCACCUGAUUGCCGUGAUGGGAGAUGGCAUUCUGCCAUAUGUGAUCUUCCUGAUUGUCCCAGUUUUGGGACGCAUGAGCGACUCCGACAACGAUAUUCGUCUCAUCGCAACGACCUCGUUCGCAACCCUGGUCAAACUUGUGCCACUUGAGGCCGGUAUACCGGAUCCACCUGGUCUGUCUGAGGAACUGCUCCGCGGCAGAGACCGUGAGCGGACAUUCAUGGGUCAGCUUCUCGACCCGAAGAAGGUUGAAAACUUCACCAUUCCAGUGGCGAUCAAUGCUGAACUCCGUUCCUACCAACAAGAUGGCGUGAACUGGCUCAACUUCCUCAACAAGUAUCACUUGCACGGCAUCUUGUGUGAUGAUAUGGGUCUUGGCAAGACGCUCCAGACAAUUUGCAUGGUUGCUAGCGAUCACUACAACAGAGCCGAAGAGUUCAAGAAGACAGGGGCAUCGGAUGUCCGCAGACUUCCCACACUUAUUGUUUGCCCUCCCACACUCUCUGGCCACUGGCAGCAGGAAUUGAAGACCUACGCCCCCUUCCUAAGUGUCACUGCUUUCGUUGGCCCACCCGCAGAGAGGCGAUCUAAAGCAUCCCAAUUCUCCACCUCGGAUGUAGUCAUCACUUCAUACGAAGUCUGUCGCAACGAUACUGAAUACCUUGAGAAACAGAGCUGGAACUACAUUGUGCUCGACGAGGGCCACUUAAUCAAGAACCCGAAGGCCAAGAUCAGUGUUGCAGUCAAGAAGCUCCCAAGCAACCACCGAUUGAUCCUUACCGGUACGCCAAUCCAGAACAACGUGCUUGAGCUAUGGUCGCUGUUCGAUUUCCUUAUGCCCGGAUUCCUUGGAACCGAAAAAGUCUUCCUUGAUCGGUUCGCAAAGCCAAUUGCGGCCAGUCGUUUCAGCAAGGCAUCAUCCAAGGAGCAAGAAGCUGGCGCCCUGGCCAUUGAGGCCCUGCACAAGCAGGUGCUCCCAUUCUUGUUGCGUCGUCUGAAAGAGGAAGUGCUUGACGAUCUUCCUCCAAAGAUUCUGCAGAACUACUACUGCGAUUUGAGUGACUUGCAACGCAAGCUCUUUGAUGAUUUCAACAAGAGACAGGGGAAGAAGAUCAGCGAGACAGCAGGCAGGGAAGACAAGGAGGCCAAACAACAUAUUUUCCAGGCGUUGCAGUACAUGCGUAAGCUCUGCAAUUCUCCCGCUCUUGUCAUGACGCCAGCGAACAAGAUGUACGACGACACCCAGCGAUUGCUUGCCAAGCAGGGGACCAGUAUCGAUGAUCCCGUGCAUGCCCCUAAGCUCAGCGCACUCAAGGACCUCCUGGUUGAUUGCGGCAUUGGCGUUGAGGGCACUGACUCCAACGACCCGCUCUACCAACCCAUCAAGCCACACCGUGCCCUUGUCUUCUGUCAGAUGAAGGAGAUGCUUGACAUGGUCCAGAACACGGUCUUGAAGCGCAUGCUUCCAUCAGUAUCGUAUUUGCGACUCGACGGAUCCGUCGAGGCCAACAAACGCCAGGAUAUUGUCAAUAAGUUCAACAGCGACCCAUCUUAUGAUGUUCUCCUCCUGACCACAAGUGUUGGUGGUUUGGGUCUGAACUUGACAGGCGCUGACACCGUCAUCUUUGUCGAGCACGACUGGAAUCCCCAGCGUGAUCUACAGGCCAUGGAUCGUGCACAUCGUAUCGGUCAGAAGAAGGUCGUCAACGUCUACCGGCUUAUCACGAGGGGUACCUUGGAGGAGAAGAUCUUGAGUCUCCAAGCAUUCAAGAUUGAUGUCGCCUCCACCGUCGUGAAUCAACAGAACGCCGGGCUUGGCACCAUGGACACGGACCAAAUAUUAGACCUCUUCAGUCUGGGUGAUACGGGACCCAACCUCAUAACUGAUAAACCCAAGGACGGGAUCGAAGGGCGCGAAGAGGAUAUGGUGGACGUUGAGACCGGUGAUGUACGGGCUCCUGGCAAAAAGGCCUGGAUUGACGACCUCGGCGAGCUAUGGGACAACCGCCAGUACGAAGAGAGCUUUGAUCUCGAUGGCUUUAUGAAGACGAUGCAGUAA